UCCAAGGCAAAGUUUAGCUAAAUAUUCCAUUUCUCGUCUUCAUCUUCAUCUUCCUCAAUUCACAUUACCAACCUGUUUCUCUACUUCUCUAAUUAAUAACACACAAAGAAGAGCUGCCAAGAAUUGUGAAUAGAAUGAAAUCGCAGGGGGCCGGAGCGUCGAGCGGCUUCAUUCUCUGAUUACUUCUGGCUUUAAUUCUCCAGCUUCCUCAUCAUAGGUAGACUCAGUCCAGAGACAAGUGAUCAGUCCGACUCAGCGAUGGCAGACAGAGUCCACCCGAACGAGUCAUCCCCUGAAGAGCCACUGUCUCCGACUCACAAGGCCGAUCAGCCUCAGUCGGAGACCUGUCCGGCCCUUCCGCCCCCAGGCACCUACGUUGUCAAGGUCCCCAAGGACCAAGUCCUCCGUGUUCCGCCCCCACAGAACGCCAAGCUCUUCGAGCGUUACACUCGCCGGAGCACCCGUCGGGGCCAUCGCUGCUGCUGCCUCACCCUCCUCAUCCUUGCCGUCCUCGUCUUCCUCGCCGGGGCUGCUGCAGGGAUCUUCUACCUGGUCGUGAAGCCGGAGUCUCCGGCAUACACCAUCACCAGCCUCUCCAUCACCGGCCUCAACCUUACAGCGUCGUCUCCUUCGUCUGCAGUAUCGCCGGAGAUAAUCACUGCCAUCCAGGUGAAGAACCCCAACGACAAGCUCGGUGUAUAUCACGUGGGAGGGAGCUCCAUCCGAGCUUAUUACAUGAACGUCAACCUAGCCAAUGGCGUCCUCCCGGUGCUCUCUCUGCCGUCAAAUAGCGAGGUACCGUUCAACGUGACAUUGCGCGGGGAGGGGAUCGUGCUGGGGAGUGAGGUGAGCGAGGCGUUAAUUAACGGGCAGAGUCAAGGGAGAGUUCCGCUGAGGCUGAAGGUGAGGGCGCCGGUCAAGUUCAAGGUGGGAGCCGUCAAGACGUGGAAGAUCACCGUUAAGCUGACGUGCGACGUGACGGUGGACAAGUUAACGGCGGGGGCUAAGAUCGUUAGAGAGAAGUGUGAUUAUGGGGUGAACAUACUGUAGAGAGAGGGGUGUUUUUCCGACAUUUUUCGUCCGUUAGUUGUCGUGUACACAGUGACAGGAUUAUACACACAAAAAUUAUAACACCGUGGUAAAUUAACCGUGAUAUUUCAAUUGUCUGUUUAAUAGCAAAUUUAAUAUGAACAUUACCCUUUAA